UUAAAAAAAUGAUGUACGAGUCCAUAUAUAUUUAUUUAAUAUUAAAAUAUGCUUAUAGGUUUUGGGGUCUAUGUCUGACGUAGUAUUUUUAUUUUGUUGGUAUUUAUUUCCAUUGGCUUGCAUUUGUAUUUGCUCAUGGCGUAUAAAUACACCGACAAAAACACACAAAAUUUUUUGUUAUUUUUUGUAAAGGUUUAGUGAUAACAUCGAUGAAUCUUUAAAGAUCGAGGAGUCCGUUCAUACGAUUAUGAAAACGGAGAGUGUUUCUAUAUUAGAAUUAGAAUUGUGUGAUUUUAUUACAAUAUCAAAAAUUCAGGAAGCAGAUUUUAUUUGUAAGGCCACAAUUACUGGUGUUGCCACCAAAAAUGGUUGGACUUAUAUUGGAUGCGGAAAAUAUUCUAGAAAAUUGGCGAGAGCAUCAUCAUCUUUGGUUUGUCAAGAUACAAACGCAGUCAGAGUGAUAAGGUUUCGCGUUGAGUUAAUUGUUGAUGAUGGUAGAGAUACCACUUUCUUCACUGUUUUUGAUAGAGAUAUGACUAAAUUGUUUAAUGUACGUGCUUUAGAAACAAUUGAAACUAACGUCACUCAUCUAUCUGACACCGAAAAUACCACAAAUUUACCGAAGUGUCUUGAAAAUAUCAUCGGAAAACAAUUAUCAUUCCAAAUUAAAGUGACACCGUAUAAUUUCUCAACAAAACAUCAUUCUUUCACCAUGUCACACAUAUUUGAUGAUGUUUCUGGAUCCAAAGAGUGCAAAACUACAGGAGCAAAUACCCCACAGGACAUUGCACAAGAAAAUUCCCAACAAAUCGAUGAAGAUUCCCAACACAUCGAUGAAUCUCAUGAUGCUAAAAGAGCUGGAAAAAAGCAACGCUUCAAUUAAAAUCAUUAUUCUCUCGGAUAAAUUUUCACUUCACCUUGGCUUUCAUAUUUGUAGAUCUGUGAUUUUGAACUUAUAUGCAUUUUCAAUGAUAACUGUCGGACUAAGGUUUUGUUUUCCAAGUAUAUUUGGUUUACUGUUAUGAGUAGUAA